UACAAAACAAUCGUGCAAACCCUGAGCAAUCAACAGUUAGCAGAAUGGCCACAUGCGCAAAGUCAAUAAUCAAAUUUAAAUUUAUGUGAACAUAUGAACCGACUCCAUAAUUAUCAACAGAACAAGGAGCGCAUGAAUGACCACUGAACGUAUGUUGUGCAGGGACAGUUAAGGGCAGUACACCUGUCCCAGUUAAUAUUGAGAAGCUGGAUAGUUACAGGAAAGAAACUUCGGAGAUGACGUGGAUAUCUGGUGGUCAUGGACUUGCAGAGUCUCCCUGAUGGCAAUUGGCCCACGGUGUCUGCGCCGAACAUCAAGCCAAAUUAAACUAAAUCUCUUCCGCCUGUCUCUGAUCCGCAUCGCCCCACUCUCGGCAUAUUCCUGUGUCUAAAAGCAUCUUAAACAACACUGGCCUUUCAGUCACUUCCAGUUGGGCCACAGAAUAAGAUGCCAGCCCGUCUCAGUCACUGCCAGUGGGCUAAAGGUGGGAGGUGCCUGCAUGUCUCGGUCGGGGAGGCGGUGUAUCCUCCCUGUACCGGUACCCUCCCCCGUGGGCUGAACCUUCUCUGUGUUCGCCAGCGCCAGACAUUGCCCUCCCUAACCCCGAUCACUUUAUUCUUCGAUAGUCGCCUCACGGCUCACGCUUCAGACGAGAUUUCCGGAUCCCGGAGGCGGAGACGCUGCCUACAGCCGAAAACUUGAAUGAGACGAAGGAGGGACAAAUCAAUGGAGUUACAUAUAAAACUUGCGAACGUUGUGGCCGUUAUUUUGUGGUUCAAUUCUAUGCUAAUGAUCUGUAUAAACUGCACCGAGAUCGACUAUCAGCCUAACAUUGUACUCAUAAUGGCAGAUGACCUCGGCAUUGGCGACGUUGGCUGCUAUGGAAAUAAUACCAUAAGAACUCCCAAUAUUGAUCGCCUGGCUGAGGAAGGGGUAAUGCUGACCCAUCAUAUAGCGGCUGCUCCAUUGUGCACACCCAGUAGGGCUGCCUUUAUGACAGGCCGGUACCCUAUUCGCUCAGGUAUGGACAAUGGUUACAGAGUCCGCGUCCUUAUUUUCACUGGCAGCUCUGGUGGACUUCCGAGAAAUGAGACAACGUUUGCAGCAAUAUUACAGAAACAAGGAUAUGCUACAGGCAUUAUAGGCAAAUGGCACCUGGGUGUAAACUGUGAAACCAGGAUUGAUAACUGUCAUCACCCACUCAGUCAUGGCUUUGAUUACUUCUAUGGCAUGCCAUUCACCAAUUUGUAUGAUUGCAAGCCGGGAGCUCAAAGCAUCAUUUUAGCAGAUGUACAAACCAUUGUCUAUCUGAUCACCGAAGUGGUCUUUGCUGGAUUUUUGACCCUGCUGGCUUUAAGAUGGACCGGCUAUGUAUGCGUUGGUUGGAAGUGGAUUGUAUGGCCUGCGGUGUUUUAUUCCCUGCUCUUUGGAUCUUGGUACAGCAUCUUUGGAUUCCUGAGACUCUGGAACUGUCUGGUCAUGAGGAACCACCAAGUCGUCCAACAGCCAUCAGAUUCAGAAACCCUCUCAACAAGAAUGAUCGAGGAAGCUCUGACAUUCAUUGAAAGAAACCAGAAGAAACCAUUUCUACUUUUCCUAUCACUACUACAUGUUCAUUCUCCCUUCUUUACCACCGAGCCAUUCAUUGGGAAAAGUAAUCACGGUUCUUACGGAGAUAAUGUGGAGGAGAUGGAUUGGCAUGUGGGUCAGAUUGUGAAUUCCAUCAACAAUUUUGGCCUUGCAAAUAAAACUCUCAUCUAUUUUGCCUCGGAUCAUGGAGGUAACAGAGGCUCUGUUGGAGUGAACGGAGAGAUUGAUGGAGGUUGGAAUGGAAUAUACAGAGGUAAAAAGGGACUUGCUGGAUGGGAAGGUGGGAUACGUGUCCCUGGAAUAUUCAGAUGGCCGGGCCAGUUGCCUUCUGGUAGGAAAAUUGAUGAGCCCACCAGCCUGAUGGACAUUUACCCAACUGUUAUCAACCUGGCUGGGGCAUCCUUGCCACAGGAUAGGGUAAUUGAUGGACGUAACCUGAUGGGACUACUGAGGGGCGAGGUGCAGAGGUCAGAGCAUGAGUUUCUGUUUCAUUACUGCGGAAGUGCUUUGCAUGCAGUGCGAUGGCAUCCAAAAGACUCUGACUCUGUGUGGAAGGCUCACUUGUUUACACCUAGAUCCGAAGAUAAAAGCUGCUACCAAACUGAAGCAGGGGGAUGCCAUGCGACGCAGACCACAGCAACUGUGAUUGGCCCGCUUGGUAGCAUCGCAUUUCCGGUUGCUUUUCUCCGCCGUGUCCGUACACUGAUGCGAAAUAAAUGGUUGGAGAUGAUGAACCAAAUCGUCAAAUCUACCUGACGACAUCUCAAAAUAUUUGAAAUGAAGUUCCUCGUCCAUGUCUCUCACGAAGAAACUCAACACAGUGGCAUAGAAACCCCAUCGCCAACUAGCGUUUUGGUGGGGAAUUGCAGAGCGACGCAGACACAACUACACAUGCUCGCUACGGCGUAGGGCUACGCAGAAGUAUAAAUCAAGCCUAUGGCGUAGCCCUACGCACAAGUAUAAAUGAGCAUUAAGUGUCCAU